AUUUACAUGGCUUGGUAGCGGCGCGAUUUUUCAUUUCCUUUGUAUUUAACUAUAGUCAAUAUUUACUUCACGAACUAAAACAUGGAUAAGGAUAAAAAGACAGAAAGCAUAGUUCAAGUUCAUAAUAGUUCAAGUGAAGAAGAAUACGAAGUCGAAAAAGUUUUAAAUAAAAGAACCGUAAAGGGAAAGGUGCAGUAUUUACUUAAAUGGAAAGGUUGUAAAGAAGAAGAGAGUACAUGGGAGCGAAAAGAGAACCUGCACUGUGAAGAAUUAAUUAAGGCAUUCGAAAAUAGCCGAAAGGAAAAAGAGGCUAAAGCAAAGAAACCAAAAGCACGUGCAAGCACUAAAAAACGCAAGCUUGACAGCGAAGAUAAAAGUAAAGUCAGCAAACAGAAUGAAUCUAAGAAGAAAAAAAAAGAUGAGAAGGCUAAAUCUGGUUUUGAGAAGGGUUUAAAAGUAGAACAAAUAAUAGGAGCAACAGAUGCAACGGGAGAACCAAUGUUUUUAAUAAAGUGGGCUGAUUCUGAUGAAGCUGAACUUGUUCCAACUAAAGUUGCAAAUGUGAAAUGUCCACAAGAGGUAAUUGCCUUCUAUGAAAAGAGGCUGACGUGGCACACUCCAGUCGGGUCGGAGUGA